UCUUGUCUAGGGAUUUCUAGUUUUAACAUUCCUUUCAGUUUAAUACAAGGAAACUUUAUGUAAGAUUUGAUUUAAUUUUUGCUCAACAAUUGGAUCUAGAAAACAUAGUACAUGGAACAUGGAUUAAGAAUUACAGAAGUAAACGUAGUGAUGAAAAAACAAAAUAAUGGAUAAUAUUCUCCGUCAUCACCAAGUACACAGAGAGACGUUCCCGAAUAUAAACAGGAAUCCGUUCUAUGACAAUGGAUUAUUAUCUGAUAGUAGUGAUGAUGAUUGUAACCAAGGAAAACAUCUGACAUUUGUAAACAAGGUCAAAGAAAAUCGGCCAAAGUCACGUAGGAGUCAGAGGACACCCAUUCAGUAUAAAAAUCAAACACCGUUCUUCAAAAACAACUUUAAGACUGUAGAUGGAAUCAAUGACAGCGAUGAUGUCGGCGACUCAAAGAAUGAUCUCACAGUUGUAAAUAAUGUCCGACCUGUUUCAUCCGGCAAGUUUAAAAGAUCCUCUGAUUUCUUUCCGAACGGCAACGAAUAUGUUGAAAGUUGUAGUGAUGAAGAUGAACCUCCGAUUAACCAUCUUACACAUAUAAACCGUAUACAACCAAAUGCUUUAAGGACAAAUAAAGUUAAUAAGUUACCCAAUAAUGAAGGUAAUCACGAAGAACAUAUUAAUUUGGAAAAUGAAUCUUUUCAUUGUUGGAACAAUUUGCUGACAAAAAAUGACACUUCUUCACCUCAUCCCCUAUAUCGAAAAUGGCAACCUGAAGUUAAAGAUAAUUAUCGUCUUAAUAGCUCAAACAGUACUACUUCGACUUUAUCGUCAAGUUCGUACUUUGAAAAUGGGUCAAUUGACGAAAUAGAUGACGAAAGAUUUGUCUCUCUCACGUUUAAGAAUGACUUGAAAAGUGAAAACCCUGAUGAAUACAAGAAUCUACAAGCGUACCCUUCUUUCGUGACAGACGAGACAAAACCAGUUACAGGCAGAUUGUAUUUCAAUAAUUGUUCUGAUGAUGACGAAGAUGACCAAACUGACUUCGGUGAAUUUUUAACUUGUAAAAAUAAAUUCACACCGUCAGGUCAGAAUCAUUUGCCGAUUAAAAAAUUCGCAAACGUAUACCCAAAGGAACAGAACAAUGAUACCGAAAGAAAAAUUCCUCCAACAGAAACUAAUAUACAAACAAAAAAUACAUUUGACCGUUCUGACAUGGAUCAAUGUGACAACUCAAAGAGAGGGAAUUUUUAUUCAACAUCAAAACCUUUCAUUGCAACUACGAAUGAUACUGAUACAGUGAAUAAAUCUGACAACCAACGAUCUGAUAUUCAACAGAGGAAUAUAACGACCAUAAAUCACAGCCCCAAGACAGUAAUACCAAAACCUUCUGUACAAACAGCAGAUACAUAUAGUCAUGUGACUGAGGACCAGAGGUUUAACAAUUCAAAUACAGCUGACACCAUAACACUAAGUUUUGAACUCAAACUCAAUACCAGCGCACCACAGCCUUCAACAGAAGAGGGUCUUAAGGUUGAUUCGAUAUCAGAUAACGCCACAUCAUUAGUGCAACAUGAGAAAACCGUGAAAUCCAAAGAAAAAGUCAGUCAAGCCAUUUUUUUUAAAUACGACGACGAUGAAAUUGAAAGAAAAAACAAAUUAAAUUGCCACCCUAACGCAGAAGUGGAAGAAAGCACAACAGAAUAUACGCCUAGGAUGUCCGACUUCUUCCGUAAACCAGAUUUACUUAAAUCUUCAAAUAAUCACACUUUAGAUCAAGGAAACCUUCAAAGUCGGGAAAUACAACUUAACAAUCACAGUUUAGAACAAGAGAGUCUUCAAAGUCAAGAAAUAAAACCAAACGAUCACAGUUUAGAACAAAGGAGUCUUCAAAGUCACGAAAUAAAACCAAACAAUCACAUUUUAGAACAAGGGAGUCUUCAAAGUCACGAAAUAAAACCAAACAACCACAGUUUAGAACAAGGGAGUCUUCAAAUUCACGAAAUAAAACCAAACAACCACAGUUUAGAACAAGAGAGUCUUCAAAGUCAAGAAAUAAAACCAAACAAUCACAGUUUAGAACAAAGGAGUCUUCAAAGUCACGAAAUAAAACCAAACAACCACAGUUUAGAACAAGGGAGUCUUCAAAGUCACGAAAUAAAACCAAACAACCACAGUUUAGAACAAGAGAGUCUUCAAAGUCACGAAAUAAAACCAAACAACCACAGUUUAGAACAAGGGAGUUUUCAAAUUCACGAAAUAAAACCAAACAACCACAGUUUAGAACAAGAGAGUCUUCAAAGUCGACCAACUAAACCACCGAUGACACAAUGUAAUCCUUUUCGGACAACGUUCAACUCCGUGGGUCUUCGGUCAGAAGGUCAAACAAUAUUCGAAAUGAGACUGAAAGACACCAAAUUAAACAAUACGGGAAUAGAUGAAGAUGAAGACGAUUUGGAAAUCGACGGUGAGAAAUCUCAUUCAAGUACUGAAAAGCAACGUAAAACUGAACCUACAAAACUCCAACAAGACAGUACCAACUCUUCAGUAACUGAACCUACAAAGCUCCAAAAAGAAAGUACCAACUCUUCAGUAAUUAGAAAGUCAAAGGAGAAAAAAUCAUCAAUUAGAAGACAGUCCUCACAGGGAGCAUAUAAACACACAUGUACAGGUUGUGGUCGUAAAGAUUGUGAUGGAAACUUUAUGAAGUUAUUAAGAGCAAUGAUUAAAACUGGUCGUGAGAAAGGUUUUGAGAUCAGGAAUGUAGUACCAGACGGAAACUGUAUGUUUGCCGCUGUCAUUGAUCAACUUGAACUUCUGGAUGAUUGUAAUACCAGUCCCUUCGCUCUCCGACAAGCAUGUACCAAGUUCCUUGAGUCUAACCCGAACAGUGAAGACGGCACACCUUUCUGUUUGUUCCUUGAUGCUGAAUCAUGGGAAGAUUAUCUAUCCAGGAUGAGUCAAGAAGGACAAUGGGGAGAUCAUCUCAUGUUACAUGCAAUAUCAAAUGUAACAAAAAGAAAUAUAACAAUUAUAAACGGAGAGGACGAAAAGAAAUGGACUACUUUACAUCCCUUGUUCAAAGAUUCUGCAAAACAAGAUCCACUGUAUCUAGGUCACGUUGGAGAACUUCAUUAUGUCAGCAUGAGACCUAUACCCCAAAAAGAAUCUGAAUUGCGGGACGAUGAAUAUACAUCUAUUGACCUAUAUAAUAUGAUGCCAAGUCUGCCAAAUCUAGAAGAAACUAAUCAUCAAGAUAUGUUUCUAGAGGAUUACAUUGAUCCUUGGAGUGAAAUACCUGCAGUUCAUUUUACAUUUCUUAUAAAACAGUUUAUUCCCAUGAAAGCUACAAUCAAGUAUGCAGAUAGCAUGUGUCACCAGGCUUUUGCGCUCGAAUCGUCAAGUGACGACUUUGUAGGGGGAUCCAAAAGUCCAUUUCAAUUUAAAGCAAUCGGAGAUGUUGUCGAAGGAUUUUUUGUUACACUUGACGGAAAACCUGAGGAUGAAUGUUUUGGAUUCUGGGUGGACGUUGGCAUCAUAUGCUCACUGACCACUUGUAUAGCAUAUCCUCAGAACUUUAAGAACUCCGGAACUAUUGACCAAUCUGACGUCACUGUCUGUACUAACAAUACUCAUCCGGGAUAUGCAAGACUUCUAGCUCGAUUUCCAGAUACAUGGGGGUUUAAAGGAAAAGCCGAAGGUGGAAGGACCUACUACAUCCCUAACAAACAUCAUAAGUUCGAAGAUUCUAGUGUUACAAAGCGGAUCAAAGACCAAUACGCAAAUCAAAAUCCGAUGAUUGUUCAUUUAUUUUCCCAGAAAUAUUCUGGUAUAUAUAGCCCAUUUUGGCCAGAAAAAGCCACGUCCUGGCGGUCACGGUCUAGAGACGCAAACUGGCCAUCACCAGACCUCAUUGAUUCCAUUGUAAGUGAAGGCGUUUAUUAUAUUGGUAAUCCACACACCAACAGCCCCGACCCUGAUAUAGAAUUCCAAAUCUGUUUCGGUGUUGUGGAGCGACGACUUGCAAAUGAAGCAUUAUCCAAAGAACAGAGAUAUUGUUUUAUAGUUUUCAAGGCAUUGGUCAGUCAUACCUUGAUGGGAGACGAAUCAAUUGAAUCCUCUCAUUUAAAAAGUGUGUUCUUCUCAUGUUGCGAACAAGUUCCACAACAGUAUUGGUCAUCCAGAGUAAGCGGGUGCAUUUUGUAUUUAGUUGACACUUUGAUUAGACAAAUAGACCAUGGUAAUAUACCAAAUUACUUCAUUUCUACUUACAAUAUGAUAGACCAUCUCACACAUGAACAACUGCAAGGUGUCCUUGGAAAACUUCAAAAUCUCCGUACUAAUCCUCUGAUAGCCUUGUACAGCAUAGCCUACCAGAAUAUGGUUACAAACGCAGAUGAGAUCUAUCAAGAUAUACGUAUGGACAUCGAGGACUUUCAUGAACAUAAAAGUGUCCGACAUUCUGUAAUCUUUGCGUUGGUACCAGCCAAAAUAAAGCAAGCUGCAAAAUAUUUGGAACUUAAUAGUUUUGAUGUAGCUAUAGAAAUUAUACAAGAGGCCCACGAGGAUAGAUUAUUAGUAAGUACAUGUGAAGAUAAUAUUCCGUUUGUAGCGUUCGUUACAGAAGUUACAAACAGCUUUGGAUUGACCAAACAAUGGUGGCUAUGUGUUCAUGCCGAUGAAACACUUGGAACAGCUCUUGCUGCAGAACUCAGCUUGCUUCACAGUCCCAUACCGCUUCACGAAAUCGUUGGAAGUGAAACUGCUGAUCGAUAUGGAGACCUUUUGAUUCCGAGACCUUUAGCUGAAAGUCUCUGUUCGCUUUGCUAUGAUUUCUACAUUUAUCUAUCACUAAAACACAGAAAGAAGAAGGCAGUAGCAUUCCUAGUAAAGGCGAGACAGCUUUUCAUCCAAAUCAACCAAUAUGGAACUUUUCCACAAGACUUUCCAUGUACAAUAGAUCCAGAUGACUUCAAUUUGCAUCAUAUUUUCAAAAUAUACAAAUCUCUUGUUCAAAGUUUCAUUAUGACCACAUCAUCUGAGUCGUUAUGUGCCCUGAGAUUAGACGAAAUUGCCAUGGAAACACAGACAAUAAACGAAAAGGUCAAUACCGAAGAGGCGUAUACUAUCUUACUACUGAUGUGGAAAUUCUUAGGAAAUACAGAGAAGUUUAAUGCGGUAUCUGCAAUACUCGACCGAUUUGCUGCCGAAACACCGAAAGGAAGUCAACAUAUUCCUUCGUAGGGGUUGGUUAUCGCAGAUAGGACAGAGGUUUAAAUGUGUGAUUAUCUUCACUAGAUGCUAAACGCUUUUGAACGUUUCAGUUUUAUUAAUGUAUGAUAAAUAUAGCGUCUUAUUUACAUUUUCCUGAAUGAGGUCGGAGUACAUAACGGGAGAAUAACAAACCUAAUGGUGGAUGCUUAAUCUGGUCAUACUGCUGCUAUUUUGUUAAUCGUUUAUCAAGAAGAUGAUGUGCAUAUACAUGUUACAUAAAAAAAUAUAAAUUCAUAUUAAUUUUGAUGUAAAUUAUACCUGUUGUACAAUAAAAAGUAAAUUGUACUGUAAUUUUUUCAUACAGGUAUUAUUUACAUAUAUUUGGAUAUAAAGCCAUGUUUUGUAUUAUUUUAAAUACAAUUAAAAUCAUUAGCUUUUCAA